AUGCACGGCCAUGCGCACCACAACCAUGGACGCAAUGUGGAGGAACUAGAGGAACGAGGAGUCGUCGAGGAACGAGGCGAUGUCGUGAUUGUUUACAAGACCAUGGAUCCGGACUUUGUAGGCGAGGUUGGAGGUUAUGUAACCGGUGCUCAACACACCACUGCGACGGAAGCACAUGCUGGUGUCGGUGCUCCUGUCAGCGCGCCUACAAGGACCAAGGAACAAACAACCGAGACCAAAACUACGGAUGAGGCGACCACAACCAAGACGAAGGAGGAACCGACUACCACCAAGGACGAACCGACUACCACCAAGGAGGAACCGACCACCAAGGAGACCGUGGUCCGCACCACUCAAGAAACUAAAGCGGAGACUACCGAGACUAAGAAAGCAACUACCACUACCAGUGAGUCGGAGGCUUCUAUCACGACAACCUCCUUUGUGACUUCGGCAUCGUCCACCUCGGAAUCUUCUUCCCAGAAUGUCAACGAUCUUCUCGCGGCAACCUCCACCGGAUCGGCCAAAGACUCUGCCGCAUCGGCGUCGACCACUGCUCUUGGAACUACUACUUCUGAGGGUAUGACAGGCGGUGCGAAGGCUGGUGUGGCCAUCGGUGUCAUCUUUGGUGUUGGUGUGAUCGCUGCCCUCAUUUUCUUCUUUAUCCGCAAGAAGAAGAGAAGUCAGGAGGGAUAUCAGCUGGAGAAUGAGAAGACCUACGGUGGCGAAGGCCUGCCAGAGGGAAUCGCUGCUUCUUUCCCACCUCCUCCUCCUUCCAAGCCACAGACUCCUUCGACUCCCCCGCAGCUUAAUGUUCGUCCAGUCACUCAAUUCGCGCCUGAUCUGAGCGGCAGCGGUGCCCUGAACCCGGCCACCGCUGGUGCCUCCGGGGGUUUGAGCCCAGCCACCGCUGCUGUUGCAGGUGCUGCAGCUGGCUCGGCCGCCGUCGUCUCUCGUAACCUCACUGGCGAAUCGCCGCCUCCUACUCCGCCAAAGUCUGCUGGGAGCCACUCUGAUCCGUUCAGUGACCCUGUCAAUCCUUUCAACCCAGCCACCUCCCCUGUUACCCAGCCCGCGCCUUCGGUUGCCGAGUCAGCCACUGGACCUUCCGGAUCGACCGUCGCAGCUGCCGCGGUCAGUGCCGCAGCCGUGGGUGUUGCAGCAGGUGCUGCUGCUUCAUCUCGAGCGUCCAAUGAUUCUGAGCGCUACCAUUCCGCCGAAUCACGCGGCCACUCCCCCACUGGCUCGACCCAAUCUGCGAGCAUCCCAACCGAUGCUGCCGCUGCCUCGGCUGUUGCUGCCGGCGCUGGAGCUGCAGGCGCAGCAGGAGUCAUGGCUGCUGGUCCACCGACCCCUAACAAUGUUUACCGUGUGCAACUGGAUUUCAAUCCCUCUAUGGAGGAUGAGCUUGGGCUUCGGUCAGGAGCGCUUGUGCGCCUGGUUCAUGAGUACGACGAUGGAUGGGCUCUCUGUAUGCGCCUUAACAGCCCCCAGCAAGGAGUUGCCCCACGGUCUUGUCUCUCGGCUCGUCCUGUGAUGCCUCGCGCCCGCCCUCCCCCUGGCCCUCCAGGCUCUCGCGGCCCACCCAUCAUGGGCCCUGACGGUCGGCCAAUGAUGCCCGGAGGUCCGCCCGGUCCAAGAUUCUACCCUCAGGAUGCCCGCCCGAGAUCCCCCGGUGGCGCUGGCUUCUCUGGACCUCCACCUCCUCGUCCUUACCCUGGCCCCGGCUCUGCUGUCCAGUUCCCGCCAGUUCCCCGCUCCAUGUCGCCCGGGCCUGGAGGAAUGCCUGGCCCUCGCUCAAUGUCUCCCGGACCUGGUGGAAUGCCCGGCCCUCGCUCAAUGUCCCCCGGACCAGGAGCACGACCUGUCCCACGCUCAAUGUCUCCUGGACCUGGCGGAAUGCCCGGCCCUCGCUCAAUGUCCCCCGGGCCCGGAGGAAUGCCUCGCUCUAUGUCUCCAGGACCUGGCGGACGACCCGUCCCACGAUCGAUGUCUCCUGGCCCCAGGCCCGGCCCGCGCUCGAUGAGCCCUGGUCCAUACGGAGCCCCCGGAAUGCAGCGGCCUGUGAUGCCUGUCAACCAACGCCAACGCAGCAAUAGUGCCGGCAACGUUGCUCCGCCCAUGGCAGUACCCGCCGCGCCUGCAGUUUCAAGUCCAUUAGCUGCUGCCGCUCCCGCUGCGCCUUCAGCUUCAAUUCCGUUAGCUGCUCCUACUCCUGCUCCCACCAGCGAGCUUCCAGCCCUUCCCACUUCCCCGCCGACUUCUCCGUCCGGGUCGAUCUCGCGAAAGCCCGUCCCCACGCAGAACGCUUAA